CUGCGCGUCGCAUUUUUGUCGGGCGGCGAAAACGGCGAAGGUAACAUGUAAAAUCACCGGGACGGGAUAUCGCGGUUACCGCGGCAACAGCAUGCCUUUAAACGUCAACUACGUUGCUCAUCACCGGAUGAAGCACGGUUGGUGGUACUCCUCGCCGCGAUGAAGGGAUGACUGCUGCUGUUCAACGAUCGCCAAGAACCCCGCGUUACAUGGGCAACAGCCAACAGAAACCGAGCUCAGAGUCGCAAGAGCAGCAACAGCGUCGGAGAUGGAGCUCGACGCAGUCUCAGCUGAGCUGGGGCAGCAGCCAGAGUGUGCAGUCGGUGGCCAGUGCCCAGCGCUCAUGGUCGCGGGCAUCCACCAGCCUGGGCCGUCGACGCCAGCUGCGUUGGCAGCCCCACCUGCCACCGCUAGCGAGCGCAGUGCCAAUAGAAGCACCGUCAGCCUGUGCUGACCCGCUGGCCAAGACACCAUGGCCGGUGACACUGGCUGAGGCCCUCUUUUUGCCCGAGUUUCCUGUUCGCAGCAAGCUACACGAAGCCAACUUUCAGAAAAUCAAGCAGCUUUCUGGGAGCAAGUUUGGUUCAGUUUAUUUGGUGCGGGAGGCUGCUACCGGCAAGUGCUAUGCCAUGAAGGUGCUUUCCAAAGCUCAAGUUGUCAGAGAGGAAGCCAUUCAACAAUGCAAAGAAGAAGUCGCUAUACAGGCUGUGUUGGGUCGGCAUCCAUUUGUGGUUCCCUGCACUCAUCACUGGCAGACACGCAAGCAACUUUUCAUAGUCACAGAGUAUGUUCCUCACGGUGAGCUCCGGCUGGCAUGGAAAGCACUAGGUGGAUUUUCAGAAGACCUCGUACGAGUGCUCAUAGCCGAGCUGGCUCUAGUCCUUGACUUCCUGCACUGCGCCGGUGUCAUUUACAGAGACCUGAAGAUGGAGAAUGUCCUGCUUGAUGAGGAUGGCCACAUCCAGCUGAUAGACUUCGGACUCGCCCGGUGGCUCAGCUACUGCGCUCGAGCGCACACCGUCUGCGGCACAAUGCAGUUCAUGGCACCCGAGGUCCUGGCAGCUCAACCGUACUCUCAUGCCGCGGACUGGUGGUCGCUGGGCAUCAUGAUGUAUGCGCUGCUGGUGGGAAGAUAUCCAGUUGAAGGCACUGGUGACCAUGUACAGAUGAAGCAUUUGGUGGCCAACACCAACUAUGACCUCCCUGAGGGCUUCUCUGACCCAGCCCGCAAACUUGUUAGAAAGCUUUUGUGCAAGAUGCCUCACAAGCGCCUCCAGUCACUUCACCAGCUCAAGUGGGAGCCAUUCUUCCGGGAGCUCAGCUUUGACGACGUUCUCCACAAAAAAAUCUCUCCUAAAAAGCUGUUACAACUGCAGCUUGAAAACUCAGGCAAAGUCACAUCAGAAAAUGGUGUGCAGGAGGAAUCUCAGGACAGCACCAAAGUAACCUUUGCAGGCUUUUCAUGCCUUGUCAAGUCGUGAUGGUUGCCACAGCAACAGCACGAGUGGCAUUGCAUUCUACCGAUUCAUCAAAAGCCUGAGCAAAUCACUGCAAGCUCAAGUGAGUCACCGGAAGUUUUAUGACAGUGCCUUCAUCGCCUUCGCUGAACAACAUGUCAAGCAAGAUGGGAAGGGUGCCAACGGACCAUGAGCUUGACUCUUUGUGUACUAGAUUGUCUUGCACUCACUCUGCCAUGUGAAAGGAAAACGGUAUUUAACACCUGUGUUCACACUGCCACAUCAUUUGCAAAGCAGGAAGCCGUCGGCAGAUAGGAUAUAGGAUAUCUGUUUGUUGGAAUGCCAGCGACAUACUGGUAGCACAUUCAGACAGCUUGAACAUGUUGGGAACAGUGAGCUGGCUGUCGUUGCAUACAGUCAACUCGUCACAAUUAUUGCUGCUUGGUAAAACCCCUGUUAAUCUGCCAUGAACUUUUUAACAUUGUAGAGCUUUUGCUAUCUGGAAGCACCUUGUUUGUUUACUGAAUCUUAUUUUUCAUAGCUGCAAGCUUUCAGGGCAGCUGGAGAGAGCAUGCAGUUUGUUGCUGAAAAAAGUGGCUACCAUUUUACUCUGCUGUGCUUCUCGUCCAUAUCACCUGCACCAAAUAAACACAAAUACAAGUACAAAAAGGGGUGGGGGAGGAGGUUGGGCACAAAUUUUGUCUUCAUGCGUGGCUUCGUGGCAACGCACGGUGCGUCUUAAAAAGUACGAUGCUGUGCUUAAAAGACAAAAUAAUCAUUGCACUGAAGUCGCACUGCUCUGCAGUGGGGAGUAGCAAUGAAAGCAAUGGUGAUUAUGCAAGACAGGAUCAAUCCUUUGUGGUGACAGUUUACCGCUUUUAUUUUGUAAAUAUUUUAACAUUGUGUAUGAGAUUGUUUACAUGGAUUACAUGCAGUGUGUUUCGUUCCCCCUCCUUUUUUUUAAGCUUGCCUGUCUUUUUCUUUUGACAACAUUUCUGUGGCAUGUUAAGAAACAUGACUUUGUGGUGCCAUUCACCUGCUGUCUUCAACAUUUUCGUGUAAGGAGAGAUAAUGUUGCUCAUUCAUGCAUACAUAGCCUGUGCGUGGCGACCCACUAACUGCUGGCAUGUCGAGUGUCAUUGUUUUCAGCUAACCUAUGGCGUGUGACAGCUGUGGUUUUUAUUAUUGACAUGAUCAGCAUAUCAAACUGCCUGUCAUGGCCCUAUAACAUGAUCUUUUCCCUGGUGGCCUUUUUUGCGACUGUAACUGGUCUUUACGUGUGAAAACUGCCAAGUUACAGCUAAGCUAAGGCAUAAUUUCACGCGUAACACAGACAUUCUUGCAUAAAUUGGAAAGUAUAGUUGCAUAGCUCAUUGCCAUGGCUUCUGAGAUUCUUAGAUCAAAUGUACAUUUAUUAUCCAUAGAAGGACACCACAGUAAAUGUUGAUAUGUUGCACAAAAUUACACAUAUUCAUUUAUAAUAGCCUUUACGUAUAACCCUUGAUAUAUAUAAAGUGCAGUCCUAGAUUUUUUUUUUUUUCAACCAAAGAUUAGUUAGCCAUUGAAGUGACCUUACUAUACCUUAACGCUGAACUUCACUAUAGCAUAACACUUGUUCACUAUAGUGCAGCAUAGGCGAAGGAAGUUUCGUACAGUUUUAUGAAUCUCUAUUCAUACCAUUCAUGUGCACGCAUAACCACCGUUGAAGUAUUGCUUUAGUCUUAGCGGCAGCCCCUCACAUGUUUGGGUGUGAAUUGAUCUGAAAAGGAAGUGCCACUUUGGAAGUCCUGUUUAUAAAGUAAGGCACUUAAUGAAAUGAGGUAGAGGCUGCACUCUUUAAAUUGCUGUAUUCUCAUGAACAUUAACUUCACGUUGACAUGAAUCUCAUAUGGCUUCUCGUGCAUACUCCACCACGGUGGCACAAUUGCAUGGUGACUGAGUGGCUAUCAUCUCUAUUGCUGCUGAGCAUGAGGUCAUGGGUUUGAUUCCCGCUUGUCAUAGCAAAAUGCAAGAAAGCGAAAUUACUCAGAUUUUGGCUCAUGUUAACACCUUCUGUGCCAUGAAUGAGCUAAGUUUGUCGGUGCAUUUCUGGUAAAAACGGCAAACGACAAACUCGGCUCAUCAACAAUGCUUUUCAUUUUCGUGCUAUCUCCAUCUUCUUAUCCAUUUUUUUUCCCCCUUGUAUGUUGCUAUUAAGCUUCACUUUUGCUGAGAUUGAGAUUGAGAUGAUUGAGAUUUUCUUUAAACUCUUCAACUAUUGUCUACCUUGUUUUUUGUAAGUAGGAUUCUAAAGUUAGACAGACUGGGCAUUUUUGGUCAGAAUUGUGGGGGUCUUCCCCAACCCGUAGCGCAUAUAAUCGCAGCUACGUACGGUUCGGGCGAAUAAGGCAACAAGCGAGUCAACUCAACAACAUUUAUUGCUGUGGGCAAUAAGACACACUUGCAGAGGGAAGUCCGCUCUGUAUAAUAAGUAAUAAAAUAGGCUUGCCUCGUCACGUGUGGUAGUCACACAAAUGAGGUCACUCAUCUGUAUGGGCAGGUAGGUGUAGCGAGGUCAGAGAGCCCCGGGGGUCUCUCGUUCGCGCUCUUUUAUACCUUUUUACCUUUUCGUGAGGGGAAUGACCUCCUCGCCCGCCGGAUACUUUCCCUCUUCUCGCGGGGGCACGCAUGUCGCGAGAGGCGAGCGAGAACCGGGAGAGGGCAAAGUACAUCUCUCCCGUGUCCGCCCGGCUCCCGCCGAGUGUGCUACGUGCGCAAGCGACGGUGAGCACCCGCGGGAGAAGGUGGCAGCGUGUGCUCCCCACAGAAUUUAAAAGAAUAGCAUGGCAUGGUGGAAGAGGUGAAUAAAACCAGGGUGGCCAGAAUUCAGAGCCCUCCAUUACAACGUCCCUCAUAGUCAGACUGUUCCUUUGAGAUGUAAAAUUCUCUCACUUGUGAAUAUCAGUAGUGGUGACAAGAAGCGUCUUUGUACGCUAGUAUAUUAGUGAUGUGUUCUGUGAAAGGAAAAGCGCUAUGUAUUUUCAUACUGCAGCGCGGAAAUUAGAUGUCACGUUAGGCAGCACUUGCGUCACAAAAUGCAAUAAUCGCUCACCUGCAUCAUGCUCAUUUUGCGUGUUUUGCAAAUCCGGUUUGCAAACUGUCUUGCGAGUUGUGUAUUGUCAAUUGCCGCCACUGACACCAGAUGUAGGUGUUCAUUGUUACAGGGUCCUUUAACUCAUCGUAGAGCUUUGUGGUGUUGGCACACUGACUCGUGAAAAAAACUUGAAUGUGCAGAUUUAAAUAGAUGCACUACUUUAUGUGAAGUACAACACACUACGCAAUAGUGUUAAAUUUAUGUCAACCCCCCCCCCCCCCCCGCUCCCCCCCCCUCCUUUUUUUUUGUCCAAGUAAGUUUUAUAGGUGUCCAAUUAAUUUGAUGCAGCUAAGUGUCCAGAAUCACGUAUAUGUCCUGGGCAAUCAAUUGAUACCAAUGCUCUGUUGCGGCAUUCUGCUUUGUUAUAAAUUGGGGCCUUAUCAAGGAUGUCGUGGGACUUGUUGACCUUUUUAGCAGUUGAAAAGGUUGAACUUGGCAGCCUAUAAGGGCCACAGCAUCCUUAUUCUUAGGGACCAUGAGUAUAUUGUGGGAGAUUCGUGAACAUUGUGCCAUUUGAUGAAAAAAAAAUUGCUGUUAGGUUAUUAUGAAUUUCUCAGGUGCGAGCUCACUGGCAAUUUGCUUGUUGGUGUUCUAAGCCCUUUUUGCUAGUCGUAGUUAGUAUCUAGACUCAUUUCAAUAAAGAAAGACGAACACUGACCACAAGAAUUCGAUCACCAUCAUCAGCCUAUUUAGGUCCAUUGCAGAAUAAAGGCCUCUCCCUUAGCAAUGUUCACUUACCAUUAUUCUGCACUGGAGGAAGACUGCUGUGCUUUAAAUUUUUAUCUUGUCACCCUUAAGUUGUCUCCCACCCUUAACAGCAUUCCUAUUGAUCUGGCACUCAUUCUCUUAUUCUAAUGGACCACCAAUUAUCUGUUUCUUGUUUAAACUCCGAUGCAGGAGCCUCAAGGCUAACCAUCUGUCGUGGUAAACCAGUGGCUAU